AUGGUCGCGCUCGCGGCCCUCGGCACGUUCCUUCUCGCUGCCAACCUCUCGUCCUUUGACCCAACGACCGUCCAUCCCAGUACCGACGUCAGGAGCACGAUCUUCGCCGUCCGCGCCGACUUGGUGGGCGGUCACUUCGCCUCCGCCGAGCCCGCCGCCAACGUCACGUUUCCCGUCGCUGACGCCGCGUCGACUGUGUACAUUUCGUACACUAGCUAUUGGCGCGCCGUUGACGCUGCGAAGCCUGCUCCAUCCGUCCGCCAGUUUGUCAGCGCGUUGCUUUUCGAGGCGCCCAUUCUGCCUUACACGUGCGCACCCACCAUUUAUGGCUCCACGUUUUCGGACCAAAUUUCAAAGACCAAGCUGCUCGAGGUGGCCGACCCCAACGUCACGGUGUUGGCGUAUAUGGACCUCGGGUCGCGGUCUGCGACCCAAUUCGUCUUGAGCGUCGAGUCGGGCUGCUUGGACUUUGCGACGCUCCAGUGCAAUUUGGGCGCAACGUACGGCGCUGUCGACUUUCGAAUUGGCUUUACGCGGGCCAAGUACAUGGAACUCAACCCGCGGUCGAGUAUGGAGCAUUGCGACAUCUCCAAGCCCACUGGCCGCGGACUCGACAUGAACGUUGCGUUCUCCGUGCCGACGGGCGACUGGGCGCGUCACACGAUCGCGGACGACGCCAAGGCAUUCUUCAACUACAAGGCACCGGAGAAGACGACACCGCCGACCGCUGCGCCAACAACCAGCACGCAGCGUCCCGUGACGGUGGCACCUGCUGCAACGUCGGCCGCCUUGUCCCUUGCAACGAGCGCUCUGACUGGCGUUUGUGUACUCUACCUUGUACUUGCCUUGUACUAG